CCCGGGCCGGGGCCGGCGGGCACAGCAAGAGCGGCAGAGCUGCAAGAGCGGAGGCGAGAGCAGCGGCGGCAGGGAUGGGCGAGCGUUGCUGUGCGGUGCUGCGGGUGCUGGUGCUGCAGGCGGCCUGGGCGCUGGCGGGCGGGCAGGUGCGCUACUCGGUGCCGGAGGAAGCCAAGGCCGGCACGGUGGUGGGCCGUCUGGCGCAGGACCUGGGCCUGGAGGCGGGCGAGGCGGAGGCGCGGCGGCUGCGGCUGGUGGCGCAGGGCCGGCGGGCGAGCGUGGAGGUGAGCGGGGCGAGCGGCGCGCUGCUGGUGAGCUCGCGGCUCGACCGGGAGGAGCUGUGCGGCAAGAGCGCGCCGUGCGCGCUGCGCCUGGAGGUGCUGCUGGAGCGGCCGCUGCGCGUCUUCCAUGUGCAGCUGGAGGUCACCGACAUCAACGACAAUGCCCCCAUCUUCCCCGCCGCCCGAAAAAACCUCAGCAUCGCGGAAUCGUCUUUGCCGGGAUCUCGUUUCCCUCUGGAGGGCGCGUCGGAUGCGGAUAUCGGAGCGAACGCGCAGGUCUCCUACACACUCAGCCCCAGCGAGCAUUUUUCUGUGGAUUUGCAAAAAUCGAACGAUGGAAAUCUUGUACUCGAUCUCGUUUUAACGAAAUCUCUGGACCGCGAGACGAUUCCCGUGCACCGGUUGGUGCUGACGGCGACUGAUGGGGGCCGGCCGUCUCUGACAGGCACCAUGGAGCUGGUGAUCUCGGUGCUGGAUGCAAACGACAACGCACCCCAGUUCAACCAGUCGGUGUAUAAAGUGCAGCUGCCGGAGAACGCUACAGAGGGGACGCUGGUGACGCGGGUGAAUGCCACAGAUGCGGAUGAAGGAAGUAAUAGCGAAUUAACCUUUACCGCGAUCACGUUCAUUCCGCCGAGCGGACGUGAUGUGAUUUCCAUCAAUCCCAAGACAGGGGAGAUUCACCUCACAGCAGCUCUGGACUUCGAAGAAGUCAGUGUAUUUGAUUUUCGUAUUGAAGCGAGAGACCAAGGCACACCUCCACUGUCGGGUCAUUGCCGGGUGGUGCUGGAGGUGCUGGACGUGAACGACAACGCGCCGGAGGUGUGGGUGACGUCGCUGUCGGUGCCGGUGCCGGAGGACGCGUCGGUGGGGACGGUGGUGGCCCUGCUGAGCGUGUCGGACCGAGACUCGGGGGCGAACGGACGCGUGCGGUGCUGGGUGUGGCCGGCGGCGCCGUUCGGGCUGGAGGCGACGUUCGCGGGCUCGUACUCGCUGGUGCUGCGCGAGGCGCUGGACCGGGAGCGGGUGUCGGAGUACGAGGUGGAGGUGCGUGCGGAGGACGGCGGGGCGCCGGCGCUGGGCGCCAGGCGCGGGCUGCGGGUGCCGGUGUCGGACGUGAACGACAACGCGCCCUUGUUCGCGCAGGCCGUGUACACGGUGCUGGCGCGGGAGAACAACGCGGCGGGCGCGGAGCUGGCGCGGCUGUGGGCGCGGGACCCGGACGAGGCGGGCAACGGGCGCGUGAGCUACUCGGUGUGGGAGGGCGCGGCGGGCGGCGUUGGGGCCGCGGCUGGCAGCGGCUGGCGUGCGGCGUCGAGCUACGUGUCGGUGGACGCGGAGAGCGGGCGCGUGUGGGCGCUGCAGCCCUUGGACUACGAGGAGCUGCAGGUGCUGCAGUUCGAGGUGCGCGCGGUGGACGCGGGGGAGCCGCCGCUGUGCGGCAACGCCACGGUGCAGCUCUUCGUGCUGGACGAGAACGACAACGCGCCGGCGCUGCUGCCGCCCGCGGGCUCGGCGCCGGAGGCGGGCGCCGUGGCGGCCGAGGCAGCCUCGUCGUCGUCGUCGUCGUUUGUGGGGCCGGUGUCGGGGUCGGGCACGCUGUGGGCGUGGGCGGCGUGGGGGGCGCCGGCGGGCCAGGUGGUGGCCAAGAUCCGCGCCGUGGACGCCGACUCGGGCUACAACGCGUGGCUGCGCUACGAGCUGUGGGAGCCGCGGGCCAAGGGCCCGUUCCGCGUGGGGCUCUACAGCGGCGAGGUGAGCACGGCGCGGCCGCUGGACGAGGCGGACGGCGCUCGCCACACGCUGCUGAUCGUCGUGCGCGACCACGGCGAGCCGGCGCGCUCGGCCACGGCCACGCUCAGCGUGUCGCUGCUCGAGGCCAACGAGGCGGCACUGGCCGCGGGAUCCUCGGCGGCGUCGUCAGGGUCAGGGUCGCGGUCGGCGGUGGGCGUGGAUGUGGGCGUCGGUGCGGCCAGCGCGGCGACCAACGUGUGGCUGGUGGUGGCGAUCUGCGCCGUGUCGAGCCUGUUCCUGCUGGCGCUGGUGCUGUACGGGGCGUCGCGCUGGGCGCCGCGGGCGGCCGUGCUCUCGGGGCCCGGGCCCACGACGCUCGUGUGCGCCAGCGAAGUGGGCAGCUGGUCGUACUCGCAGCGCCACAGCCGCAGCCUGUGCGUGGCGGACGGCGCGGCCAAGAGCGACCUCAUGGUUUUCAGCCCCAACUUCCCUCCGCCGCCGCCCGGCGCCGCGCCCAAGGACACGCAGCCGGAGCCCUCCGCUCUCCUCCGCACGGUCAGUGACACUGCCUUGCUUUUGCCUCUCACCCAUACCCAACGUUUCUGUCCCUCCAGGGAAAGCAAGAGCCUGACAUUGAUUGUACAAGUGGAAGAUGAAGCAGAAGAAAAGUUCUUCAUUGAGAUACAGGAAGAGUACUUGGAAGCAGUGGUUGCUUUUUCAGUAUUCCUGGAGGACUUGGGCUCUUUGCAGUAUGCAGGUAAGAGGACACGGCUGGAAGAGAUGCACAUAGCCAGCCGGAGGAGCGGCCGCUAUUGGGAAGAGUGUAGAGCGGCGGAGCAGCGCACGGUGUCGCUGCAGGCUCAGGAACGGCGUGUGGGCGGCUCCGCCCCGGUGCAGCGGAGAGCCCGGCUGUGA